UUCCCGGAAGUAAACCAAAAUAAAAGUGGUGGGAAGAUGUUUCGCCUCACUGCAGAAGCCCCAGCUGUUUAAUAAAGCUUGACAUUUGCUUCUACCGGGUUUGUGUUUACAAUCGGCAGGAUGUCUUUCCCCUCCUCAUUUGGUGCGCAGGCCGCAGCCAUCAUGGAUGUGUUAGCGAAAGCUGCGGUCGCCGAAAUAACGAAGCUGGUGGAGGACGGGACUGUGGUUCUGCACCUGGAGAUGUGUCGGAGGGACAGCGAGAUUCAGGAACUCAAAAGAAGUUUGAAGCUGAUGGAGGUUGAACUCUGCAAAGCUCAAGAAGCAGCCACGACCCGAGCUACAGAGGACAAACAGGAGCGAACAGCAGCCGCGAAUCAGGUCCCCCGAAAAGACAAAGAAGAAGAUCCGGAAACAUGUGCAGUGUAUCUGAAACCAAAGGCUGCUGAUUCACUCUGCGAGCCACAACAUGGAACAGAGGAGAACUGUGACAUGAGGCCAGCGGUGAAACACGAGCCGGCGGAUGAACUUGCCACCCAGGAAACAACAGACAGCACCGGAACAGUUGACAUUUGCUUUGAGGCGGUAGAGCGAGACGACCCAAUCUGGCCUCCUCCUGCUUGUAGCAUGUUUGAGAAAGGCUCUGUUGCACUGCAGCAGCACACACAGAUUUUCACCCCUCAUCCUGAGCAAUAUGCUGCUCAUAGAAAUACAGAAAGUUCCUAUAACUCUUCAACUGAAACUGCAGACGAUUCCUUAAGUUUGCCGAUAAAAGUAGAGGUAGAGAUUCGACCUAUGUGCAUGGCAAGUACCACUUCAGAGUAUGCUCCUAAUGAACUGUUCACACAUGCUUCGCACCCUGCAGUCAAUCAGAACCAGUGCUUGCAGUCUGCUCCGCAACAGGCUGGGUCGUCGCUAGCCUCGUUGCAUGCGCAGAGGUCCACGGCAGAUACGUUAGGACCGAACACAGAAGGUCACAUCUUCAGCAGGAACAACCCGAGAGCAAAAAGGCUAAUGACCGUUUGGAGAACAAAUCAAAGACUGUUCAUCUGCUCGGUCUGCAACAAGGGUUUCCCCCGCCUCUCCCAGCUGGAAGAGCACAAGUCUACCCACCAACCCUUUAAGCCUUUCAGGUGCCUCGAGUGCGGGAAGUCUUUCACCCAGAAGACCCGGCUGAAGACGCACCAAAGUGUGCACACGGGUGAAAGGCCAUUUAGUUGCAAAAUCUGCGGCAAGAUGUUUUCGAGGCAGGACAACUGCUUGAGACACGAGCGGUUCCACAGCGGCCUGAAGCCGUACAGCUGUGGGCAGUGUGGUAAAAGCUUCACGGUGCUGGGUAACCUCAAAAUACAUCAAGAGAUUCACCUGCAGGGGAGGUAACCCUCAGAUACUCUGUGACACUUAUUAAGACAAAUUGCACUUAUUAACACGUAUUAAUCUUGGGUUAGGGUUAUCUUAUUUAUCUAAAACAGUCCAGCUCAUUGAUUUGCAAGAUUAACCACAACGAUCUAAUACAGUAGUUCUAAACCUGGGGGUCAGAACCUCUACAAGGGGCAAGAUGAUUACUUUGAAAUGACAAAAAACUAAAUUCUGUAACACAAUGUUUUAGGACUAUUUGGACAAGUUUAACAUCUUUAGUAAGUUAAAUUAAAUUAAACAAUCUACAAUGGAAAAAUGGCUCACAAAAUCACACACAUUUAAACUGUGACAGUAUGACACAAGUAAAUAUGGUUUUGUAUUAAGGGCUCAUGGAAAAAGUGUUGGACAUCACUGGCCUAAUACACACACACACACAGGUAUUAAAAAGACAGCAACAACAGUAUAAAUUGUAUGGCAAAAUCUCUACUUACAGUAUAUAUUGUCCUAUCACCCAACCCUAACAAAUACUAUAGCAUUUUUCUGGGCUCCUGUUACCUUACAUAAUAAUGAUUUCAAAUAGUUCCAAGCAAUUUUAAGAAAAAGAGAGCACAACUGUCAGAUCUGCAGAUAUCCUGACUUCAGGUACCGGUAUCAGGAGAGGGAGUUUGUGCAGUUUUAUCAUGAUCUUACUGUACUCAGAGGUGUUUCAGUGCCUUGGAAAGUUUCUGGCAUCCACUCCCUGACUGGUACUUUUGUAAUGGUUUCCCUUGCAUUCAUGAUGUUGGACCUUCCAGAUACACACUGAGUAUUUGACCUAACUUGAUUACACACAAGUGAUGUUGAUUGAAACUUAUUAUGCGGCCUCAGCAGUUGGGUGCACCAGUGAUGACUUAAGUGUGUCAUAGUAAAGGGGGUGUGGGUUUGUACCUAUGCAAUAAUUUAAUGUGUUUCACAUUUGCACGUAAUUUAAGUCAGUAGAGAUUUGUUGUCUCUUGGCAUUAAAGUAUGUUAAUGAUCCCCUA